AUCGGUCUCUCCAGUACCCAGUCAUCUGUCAAUGAAGAGUGACUUCUCUAUGGAACGUCCUAUACAUUUUAGUGAUGGACCAGUGACCUUUGACCCCAGAAUCUCCAACCAAACUCUGAGAUCAGUCUCUCCAGUACCCAGUCAUCUGUCCAUGAAGAGUGACUUCUCUAUGGAACGUCCUAUACAUUUUAGUGAUGGACCAGUGACCUUUGACCCCAGUGGAAGGUCUACUCUGCCAGAGGAUCAGUCCAGGUGUGCAGUGUGUCAGCAGGUGCUGAGGGAUCCAGUCUCUAUCACCUGUGGACACGGGCUCUGCAGACAGUGCAUCACCAGAUACUGGGAGAAACCUGCUUCCUUCAGGAGACUAUGA